AUGUUUUGGUCUUUUUUGGAACUAAAUGGACAUUGUUCAUGCUUGCGGAGGCGACGUGGAGGACAAGGAGAGCUGCUGGGAGCUGCGCGGAUUGUUGCUGCGGUCUGGAGGACGUGUGCGGCCAUCCAUGGGCGUAUAGGCGGAGCUACGGUGCUAAUGCUAACGCCGGCUGUGGAGCGUCGUACCACGGAUCAUCGCACGGCGCCGAACGAAGGAGGAAAACAAUGCACCCGCUCGGCAAAAGCGUCAACAUGGUUUCCUGGAAUCAAGAUGAUCCAAAGAAAGACAGCUCAGCGCCUCCCUUUCACCUUGUGCAGCCCCCAAAAAUCACUAUUCCAAAGGCAAACAGGCGAGACAAGAAAGAGAGGUGGGAGGGCAGACGUGCAAGAGAUGACCUGUCCCGUGAUGACUUGUUGUUUCUGCUCAGUAUUCUGGAGGGAGAACUACAGGCCAGAGAUGAGGUAAUCGCUGUGUUGAAAUCGGAGCAGACAGACUCAGCUCUACUGGGGGCCCAAUAUGGUUUCAGCAGACCGGAGAAGGUGCUCCGUGCCCUGCAGAGAGACUCCCUCCGGGCCCAGCAGGACCACCAGCAGGAUGUGAACAAAAAACCAAUUGCUGAGCUCAACCAUUUGGUGGAGUCCCAGAAGCGCUCAUUUGAACGGAUGCAGCAGCAGUUCCUGGAGGUGUCCCACUCUCACAGCAGCGCCCUGCACAGGCUUCAGGAGCAGGAGAGCAGCCACGGGGCUUUUAUCCACAAGAGUCACUGCCUUACCACUCUACUGGAGGAGGACAGAGAGAGACUCAAGCUGCUGAUUGUAAAGGAGAGAGAAUACCAAGAGAUAAAGGAGAAGAAACGUGAAAGAGAAAUAUCAACUCUAAAGGACGAGCUGACCAAGCUGAAGGGUUUUGCGCUGCUGGUUGUAAAGGAGCAAGAGUGUCUGAGUGAGCUGCUGGAGGAGGAGAGGGGUCGCAUCCAAGAACUGACCGCCAUCACUGACCACAUCAAACAGGAGGUCAGUGCCGCUAACCCCGGCACAAAGAAGGAGGAGCACAUAUCUCUGCACCAUAAUCAAGUUUCCAUCGUCCACCAAAGCCAGAGCACCAUGACAGCCCCAAGCCUGCUGUCAGAGGUCGAGGUACUGAGGAGAAGAGUCGUGGAAAUGGAGGGAAAGGAUGAGGAGCUGAUACGCAUGUGGGAACAGUGCCGAGAUCUGGAUCGCAGACUGGCGAGGGAGACCAGCCACUGCCGUAGCUUAAAAGUUGAGGUGGAUAAACUCAAUGGGAGGAUUAGUGAAUUGGACAGGUUAGAGGACGCUUUAGGUAAGAGCAAACAGGACUGCAGUAUUCUGAAGGGCAGCUUGGAGCGAGAGAAAGAGGUGAGCAAGUUACUGUCUGGUGAGCUCAACACUCUGAAAGUUAGGGUGAGAGAGCUGGAGGCCAACGAAGGCCAACUGGAAAAGAGUGAGGCGGUGAUUAGGCAGGACCUGGCCAAGCUCAGGUCACUGACUGUAGCUUUGGUGGAGGACAGAAAGACCAUGGCCGAGAGGCUCAGACAGGCUGAGGAAAAACUCAACAGGAAGGAAGGCAAAAGAAAUGAGCAAAGCAAUUUGGCAACGAUGACAGAGAGACUGAGAGAGGAGAGGCAGCAGGCACUGAGGUGUAAGGUAGAUUUAGAGGAAAGGAUUAAGGGCAUAACAAAGGAAAAACAUGAGCUCCAAGACAGACUGAAAACAGAGGAGGAAAGGAACGGAGAGCUACAGAGUAAAAUAACCAUAAUGAAGAAACGGUUGCAAGUCUUAGAAAACAGGAGAGAAAAAGAGGAGAAGUACACAUACAGCUCUAUUCCCAACAACCAUCACUGCCAAACAGAGGACAACAAAGUAAAAGAACUGACAAGAGAGCUAGAUGGACUGCGAAAGAGACUACAGGACAAGGAGGUGCUGGAGGAAGAGCUGAUGAAGGUGGAGGAGGACUUUGAGUCCCUACAAAAGAGGUUCAAGGACGAACAGAGGAGGACUCAGGCUCUAACAGAGGAGCUAGAGGCCGCAAAGAGAGAACUCUCCAGAUACGAGCAGGCAGAGAAGCAGGAGGUCAACCAGGAGCACCUUCUCCUAUGCCGUCUUCAGAAAGAGCAGGUUAAGUCCAGACUAUUAGGCAGAGAGGUGGAUGCCCUGAAGGAGAAACUGCAGAAGCUGAUGGGAACUGAGGAGUCCAUCUGCAGGGUUCAGACGGAUCACUCCGUGUUGCAGAGAAAGCUGACCCAGCAGGAAGCCAGUAACAGAGAGCUGGCCAGAGAGAUGAAGGAGCUGAGUAGUGAGCUAGACAGGCACAGACGAAUCAAGAAUCUCACACCUGGUGCAAACAGACAACUUUUUUCAGACCUUCAUCAGACCACCAAAGAGGUUCAGACUGAGCCAGCAGAUAGCCUGCCUCCUGACUACAGCGAGAAACUCGAUAAAGAAAUUGAGGAUGAGGAUCCAAACCACAAUGCAGAAGUCAUAAACAGGAGAAGCUCUCUUGUCAACAAUCUGAACAGCUUAAACAGCGCAAAUAAUAACGUCAGCCAGUACAGCAGUCAUUCAGCCAAUGGUGUAGAUAUGCACCAAACGGUUAACGGAGAGGUGAUGUUAACGCACACACCGGGGCAGCCCUUGCACAUCAAAGUAACACCACAUCAUAUACUCAACACAGCCAUGCUGGAGAUCAGCAGCCCCACUGGAGACGCAGCUACGUCCUACACCAGCACAGCUGUCAUCCCAACAAGCGGGGCCUCACCUAAACAGAGAAUAACCAUCAUCCAGAACUCAGCUCUGUCUGCAGUUAAUUCCAAAACCCCACCUUCAAGUCCUGACCGCACCAUCUCCCCACUUGACAGCACACCCAUCUCUCAGGUGAUGAGCCCAAACUCAUCGCGCUCUGCAACACCCGACCACAGCUCCCCCAUUCAGAUAGUCACAGUCCGGACCUGUUCUCCAGAGCCAGCAGAGGCCGCGCAUCAGACCGUCUUCUGCAAGACGCCGGAGCGACAGAACAGCUGGCAACAUCAGAGGUCCAACAGCACCGACUCAAGCCCAAGCAUCAUUGCCACGGAGGAUAACAAGAUCCACAUCCAUCUGGGGAGCCCCUAUAUCCAGUCUCUGAAUGGUAUGACCCACAGCAUCCCACAGCCUGUUGGGCCAUACUAUGUCCGACAUGAACAAAGGACUCAAGUGCUCGCCAACGGCUGUCAUGUCAAAGGUGUUGGCAAGAUUACAAGUAGCAUCACUAUAUCCCCUGCUACCUCUGCAGCUUCACAAUCCUCUAAUAUAACAAUUCCUCUAGGGUCGCUGAAGAAGCCCGGCCCAACAAGGAUUCCCAAGACCAAAGGAUUAACUCAUAGAAGAGGCAACAGAGCUCCCAGUACAGGACAGAAAAAUGUUAAAUCCACCUCAGAGAAUACAGAGAAAACAUUGACCUGAGAAUGACCAACAGACCUGCAACUGCAAUUUGUGUGGUGUUUAACACCACUUUAACACCACUUUCAUAAUAAAACAUAUCCAAAGUACAUUAAAGAACUGCGAUUUAAAUGUAGACAUCUGGGCAGCAACAUGGUCAGUUUAUAUUCAGUGGUCACUUGAAUAUAAACUAUACAUCUAUCGAGAAUUUGUCACCACAGAGUCAAAAAACUGCUUCACUGCAUGUCAAAAAUGUACUGACUGUAGUAAAAAUAGCCAACACUUGAUUCCUUAUCUUAAAUGAUGUGUUACAAAUGAGUAAAGAAAGUGAUGCCACAUGCUGCAAUGAAAAAUCUGUCAAUCUGCUCAUCUGUAAAGGUAAAAAGCAAGAUGGUACACCAUACUUUCAACAGGUAAUGUGUUUUUGUUUUUUGUCCCCCACACAACAAACACCACCUUACCUUACUAUCAUAAAAACUGAAAACUUAAGGGAACAGUUAAGUGUUCCUCCUUCCAAUUUGAUUGAAGACUGGAGGAAAAGCAGAGUAUAAUUCAGGCCUGCAUAACAUUAUUAUAUAUUAUAUAUUAUUAUGUUUGCUCUAUCAUAUUCUAUUAAUUUACCAUAAAGUGUGAAUUUGUAUCACUUUCCUCUUUUGCAUAAAAGUGCACAAAUAACGAGCUUGGUGAGUGUGCAUGUGUGUUUGUGCCAGUAGUGGAAGAAGUAUUUUUUUUUAUUUGAGCAAAAAUACUCUAUUACAAGUAUAAGUCCUGCUUUUUA